GGUUGGAAGGGAUUGACAAAUAAACAUAUGGAGGACAUAUGUAAAAUGCUUGUACUGAAGUAUUUGAGCCUCCGUCGAACAGAGAUUUCCACGAUUCCAUCAGAGAUAGAGAAGAUCCAGGAUCUGGAAACUUUUGAUGCAAGGGAGACAAAUGUCGGAGAUCUACCCAAAACUUAUGGCAAUCUCAAACGGCUCCGCAGUUUGCUUGGGGGAAGUAAAAAAUCACGGAAGGCUUUGAAGAUGCCUCAAUAGAAAAAUAAGGUGACAAUGAAAGCACUUCGUGUACUGUCAGGGAUCGAGAUCAGUGAAGGCUCGACCACUGCUGCAAGUCUUGAUCAGCUAACUGGGCUAAGGAAACUUGCCAUUUACAAGCUCAAUAUUAUUGAGGGUCAAAAAACCUUCAUAGAUUUAUGCUCCUCCAUUCAGUACCUCUGCAGCUGCGGUCUACAGACACUUGCAAUCAAUGAUGAGAGCUCUAAUUUUAUCAACUCACUAGACUCCAUGUCCGCUCCUCCAAGAUACCUCAUUGGUCUGGAGCUGUCUGGCAUGUUGGAAAGGCCUCCAAAGUGGAUCGUGGAGCUCAAGAACCUCUACAAGCUGACCCUUUCUGUGACAGUUCUAAAGACUGAUACUUUCAAGCUCAUCCAGGACCUGCCCAAAUUGUUUUCUCUCACCUUUACACUCAAUGCAGCAAAGGAUGAUCGGGACAUCGUGGACAUCCUUGAGGAAAAUAAACAGCUUGAUAGGGAGAUAAUUGUUCCUCCUGGAGGAUUCAAGAGUCUAAAGCUGCUUCGCUUCUUUGCAACUUUGGUGCCAAGGCUGAGCUUUGCAGUUACAGGAGAGGUAAUGCCACCACUCGAGAGGAUUGAUCUGCAGUUUCAGGCCUUCGAAGGGAUUUAUGGCAUCGAGACUCUUAGUAGUCUCCGAGAAGUG